AUGAAACCAAAUUGGAUCGAGUGUAUUCUACCUGUUUUUUUGCUGUGGUUCACAUGUCUUCAAAGGUCGAUUGAGGGCAUACCACCGGAUUGUGCUCCUUCACAAGAUCCGCUGAGACUGAUUGCGUUUCGACACAACGCGGAUAGAAAUAAAAUUCUUGGAUUAUCCAAAUCCGAGGGAUCGUGUGUCACACUGGAAGCUGAAUGCGCUCAACUGUUAUACUGUCUAGACGAGCAUGCGGAUUAUUUUUGUAUGUCAAUCAAUCCGUAUAGGACAACAAGUGUCUGUCAUCGAUUAAAAACCUGUCUGGUUUCGCUGUGUUCCCGGCAGAAGUCAACAGUAAAAAAGCAACUGUUUGUUCGUAUUACCGCUAACCACAAAGAUCACGAUCAUGAUGACGGGUACGAUCUGAAAACGAAUGAGAAGACCAUGCUCAGACUAUUCCGAACAGACAGUGUCUUACCAUGGGCCAUGAUAUGUUACAUAACUUUGAUUAUUUCCAUUGUUGUUGUAUUUUUUGUCAUCUUAGCUUUUGUAUUGGUCUACUGCACAUCUUGUGGGACUCGUUGGCGUCAACGGUUGCGUGAAAAUCACGUGGAUCGGGAACACACUGCACGGUACACGGAACAGCAGUCCUACAUACCACCUUCCACUGCGGAUCAAGUUUGUAUUAGCGAUUCCGCAUCAUGGAUCACCCCACCCUCGAAUCAACCCAAGCCACCGUCUUAUCAUAGUGUAAUUCAUCAGCCUGCUGUCCCGGAUUAUUCCAAUAAAUAA